AUAUAAUCUAUAUAUCGUAGUUAAAAGUAAUUAAGGUAAAUCACAAUUCAUCAACAAUGAAAAGAUCAUUAAGUAAUACUCGAACCGCAGUUUAUAGGAGAAACAAAAGAAAAUUAAGAAAAUUUCUAACUGCGUUCCCUGCUGAAGAAGGCCUAUCAAUCCCGAGAAGUUAUUUUAUAUCUCAGAAUGAUGGUCAAAUAGAAAAUGUUAACCCUGCAAGCAGCUGUGAGAACUUCGAUCGUGACAGUGAUGAUAUUGCUGUGGAUUCUGGAACUGGUGCAGCUUUCAAUGUUGAAAAUGAAAAUGAACUUGAUGGUGACGUUUACAAUGACGAUGAUCAAAAUGAACUUGAUAGUGACAUCCACGAUGACGAUAAUCAUAAUGGUAGUGAUCAUUACUCCUCUUGCUCCACAGAUGAAGAUUGGUCUACUACUGAUGAUUCUUCGUGGGAUACUGAUGGUGACGAUGAUGAUAAUAGCAAUCAGAGUAACGUUGAUGAUGACAUUUCUCGAUAUAAUUCUUUUCUUAGCAUCAAUAUGCCGGAUUUAGAAAUUCCCUUAAUUUCACGCCGUACUAUUACUGUAAAAGAUCACUUAUUGGCUGCAGUAGCUACGUCAGUUCGACAUCAUUUAACAUUUGAGGCUACGCUUGAUCAAUUAAAAUGGAUAAAGUCCACGUAUUAUAACAAUUCUAUCCCAACGAUUAAGGAGAAAUUUUGGCAUUGUUUGAAUCGUAAUGAUGAUUGCUUGACACAUCAUUAUUAUUGUAAAAUAUGUCAAGACUACCUUGGUAUAAAAUGCAAAUUAACGAAAAAACUGCAAAAAAAAUGUAUUUGCGAAGCAUGUGGACCACAUGAUGAAGACGAACGUGAUUUAGGUUACUUCAUAUAUAUUAGUUUAACGAUGCAAAUUGAAGAACUAUUAUCUAUUCCUAAUAUGAGUGAAUUAUUGAAAUAUAGGUUUCGUAGAAUAAAAAAAGAUGAAGAUGCUUACGAAGACCUUUAUGAUGGUGAAGAGUAUAAAUCGUUAUGCUUACCUGAUAAUUUUUUAGGAAAGUGGAACAAUUUUUCUUUAACAUUCAAUACGGAUGGAUGCAAUGUCGCCAAUUCUUCCAAUUCCAGUGCGUGGCCUGUAUAUUUACAAAUUAACGAGCUUCCUCCACAGUUAAGGAAAAAACAUAUGCUCCUUGCCGCUAUUUAUGUGGACCAAGUGCACCCAGUGAUGAAUAACUUUUUAAGACCACUGACCGAUGAAAUGCAGAAACUCUUUACUACUGGUAUCACAUGGAAGCCGUCAAAUACAUCACAAGUAACAUCUAAAUUCAUCAUAACUAUCGGAAGUCUUGAUGCUCCGGCUCGAGCAGCAGUCGCUUGUCAUACUCAGUACAAUGGAUAUUUCGGAUGUUUAUAUUGCUACGCUAAAGGCCGUAGCUUGGGCCCUGGUAAAUUCGUAUAUCCACUAUCACAGUGCUAUCAAAAACUGCGGACUGAUGCUGAAUUACGCGUUGAUAUGGCGUCCGUUUUUGAUACUGGUAAAGUGAAACGUGGAGUUAAAAAUAUUUCAUCGUUGGUGGCUUUACCGUUAUUUAAUAUUAACAAAGGAGUCAUUGUUGAGUCUAUGCAUGCAGUAUAUCUUGGUGUAGAUCGGCAGCAUACGCGACUAUUACUUACUAAAACUAAAGCUCCUUACUACGUAGGAAGUCCCAAGAGUUUGAAGUUAAUAGAUGAAUGUUUGUUAUCAAUAAUGCCCCCGUCAUGUAGAUCUCGAAAGCCAAGAUCUUUAUCUACAUACCUAAAAUGGAAGGCCUCUGAAUGGCGCAAUUGGCUGGAGUAUGCACCAAUUUGUUUACAGAAGGUAUUACCUAAAAAGUAUAUCGAUCACCUGGCACUUCUGUCGGAAGCAAUUUAUUAUUUAAAUUCUGAUUGUAUAACUUCAACAAAUCUAGAUCGUUGCGAAGUUCUUUUAAAAAAGUAUGUUAAGCUUUUUGAAGAGUAUUUUGGUGAGGAAAAUAUGACCUCAAACAUACAUUUAUUGACACACUUAGUAACUGUUGUCCGAAACUGGGGUCCGUUAUGGGCACAUCAUGCAUUUAAUUUUGAAGCGUGGAAUAGGAGGAUUAUGGAGUUUGUUACGAGUUCUUAUGCUCGAACCAAUCAAGUUGCAGAACGUUUUCUUAUGCAGAAAUUCAUCAUAAACACUUUGUAUGAUGAAUCAAUAUCUGUUGAAACGAAAAAAUUCAUAGCAAAACAAAUAAAAAUACCGUUAGACAAAGAUGGGGUUGAAAGAAGAAAUCGUUUAAUUGGUUUUGGAAAAUGUACAUUACGCUCACCGACAGUUAAUGAACGCGCUUUGUUAAAUGAAAAAGGUUUUGACCCUGCAAAUCUGAAAUGCUUUCAAAAGAUGAAACUGAAUGGUACAAAGUAUACAUGUGAAAGCUACAAAAAAUUAAAAGUUUGUGAUUCUACGGUUCAUGAUGGCAAUGACACUUUUGGAAUAAUAGUUAACAUGGUUCAAUUUCAUAAUAAUGAAGAAAGUAUAAGUGGCAUGUUCAUCAAGCGUAUGCAGCUAGUCGGACCUGCAUUCAAUACGACUUAUAUUAAUCAAGUUAGAUUAACAAAUAACAUAUGUUUUAUACAAGAAUCUUCUUUGAUAAAACCUGCUGUUCAAAUAUCUUCAUCAGGAAACUUGUAUGUUAUCAAGCAAACAAAUUGCUGGGAAACUGACUAAGAACUAUUUGGAAAAAGUACUUGUAUCAUUUGUAUAAAGUAUUGAUUGAUGAAAAAGUAUAAAUUUGUAAUUAUCAGACUACGUAACAUUGUUAAUAAUUAUUAA